GAAAAUGAAUGAGGCUGGAAUGAAGCCACAUAUGGUUAGAGACGUGGCAGAAAUUAGAGUAGCCAUGUGUUCCUCUUGCUUCCUGCUCUAAUGCUUCUUCUUCUGCUUCUGCCUUGGUUUACUCUGAUUUCAAAACCCAAGCAACGAAUCCAGCAAGUGCAGCCACAUUCGAGGUUCAAAUGAGGACAUUAGUCUCUCGAUUGAUCCAUUCCAACCCUUCCUUUUCCAGGCUCAAUGUAACUGCCUCGUCAAAGAUCGCCAGAAGUUUCACCACCGAUUCCAAUCAGGUUGAUGAACCCUUCAAGGUCGAAGAAGCUGAAACGGUAAACAUACCUCCGCCCCCAACAGACAAGUUACUUGUGUUGGGAGGCAAUGGAUUUGUUGGCUCACAUAUUUGUAGAGAAGCCUUAGAUCGUGGUUUGUCCGUUGCCAGUCUUAGCAGGUCUGGCAGGUCAUCCUUGCAUGAUUCAUGGGCUACCAAUGUCAUCUGGUAUAAAGGGAACCUCCUUUCGGGUGAUUCGUUGAAUGAAGCUCUCAAUGGGGUCACUGCUGUCAUCUCAUGUGUUGGCGGUUUUGGCUCCAACUCAUACAUGUACAAAAUUAACGGAACUGCUAACAUCAAUGCAAUUAGAGCAGCUGCAGAUCAAGGUGUUAAAAGAUUUGUCUAUAUCUCUGCUGCUGACUUUGGCGUAGUUAAUUUCUUAUUGCGGGGUUAUUAUGAAGGAAAGAGAGCUGCUGAAACAGAGCUUCUGACCAGAUUUCCUUACGGUG